CAGCCAUUACCAGAUGUUCAGAGAAUACAGCUUGACUCUAAGAUCAACUCUAUUCUCACCAUGAGAACGGCCGAACAAGUCUUUGAUCAGUACAUCAGCAACUUCGCGCCGAAAUGCCCGAUUGUCGUGUUUCCUCCCGGGGCAACGGCUGCUAUUGUAAGAGAGAACAAGCCGUUGCUAUUCCUGUCAAUUCUCAGCAUUGCCUCUGCUGGAUACUGCACCGUGGCUAAGCAGAGAGAAUUGACAAUUGAAGUCAAAAAUCAACUGGCAGACAGAGCCAUUGUUCAGGGUGAGAAGUCGCUCGAACUCGUUCAAGCGUUUCAGGUCACGUCGCUCUGGUACAGAGCUCCAGAUGAAUACAGGCAGAUGAACCUAAGCCAGCUGGUUCAGAUCACAACCACCAUGGCCAUAGAUCUUGGCCUGGAUAAGAUCGAUGUGUUCAAGCCCGCUGCCACGGCCCAGGAAAACCGGAGGACUAAUAGAAUCCCAAGCUUUUCUUUAAUUUUGAGACGGCCUAAUCUUACUAUCUGGACUGCAAAGGUAGAUGACUACCUUGCUGACUUGCAACAGACCAAGGCAGCAGCUACAGACGAAUUCCUUUGCAGGCUUGUAGCAACGGAGCGUCUUUGUCAUGAUAUUAAUCAAGAGCUAUUCUUAAGUGAUCCUGUCAGAUCACUAUCCAGGCAGGACCCAAAAACACAGUUGAUCAUCCAAGGAUUCCAAGAUCGAAACGACGCGCUCUCUCUCGUCCGGCUACAUCCACUGCAGAAAGCCAUCGUUCAGUUUGGCAGAUUUGCCAGCUCAGUAUAUGCGCAUGAGCUGGCCUUGCACGUCAAUAAUAAUAUCGACGAGUUUAAGGCACCUUUCUUUGCGGAGUCUCUCAAGACAUGCAAAUUAGUCGAUGUACAAGAUUCAAACACGUCUCACCUAUCCAUGCUUCGCAUUAUCGUGAUCGCGUCACGAGGGCUGCUAGAUACUUUUAUUAAGUUAUCUAUAUCUGAUAUGCUUGCCUUACCGCCGCAUAUCUACGGAGGUCGUGUGAUAUACGCAGUCGUGCUUUUGAUGAAAUUACACAAAACAAUCACGGAAUCAGGAAAGGAAAGCAGCAACUCCAUCCAUUUUGAAGAAUUGCAUCUAGAAACGUAUCUUGAGCAACUUGUGACCAUUUCGAAAAUUCUUAUCGCGAAAGAUGAACGCAGCGCUUUGAGCAGGGCCUUCUUGAUCAUGCCUCAACUGAUGGGGUGGUUCUACCUUCAUUGGUCCAGAAGACCGUCAGGGGCAGAUGGAUCAAAUAUGACAGAAGAUCUUUUAACCAAUAACAGCAAUGGACAAGGGAGCUCUGCAUCCCAGGCACCGACAGGAACUUUUGGCGGAUCCCCAAUUGCUAUCCAGACACUAGGACACAAUGCGCCCUUAGAAAAUGCCGUACCGCUGGGUGGACCUGGACAUCAAAUUGACCAGCUUAUCCAACACUCCGUGCUUCCUUCUUCCCCCAUGUAUAGCAGAGAAAACAGUUUUGAGGCGCGUGGGCUUACAGUGACACCCGAUGAUUGGUUCACGGAGUUUUUCAACGUUGAGAUGCUUGGCUAG